CGCCUUUUCAUUGGUAGCGCCGGAUGGAUUGACAGCAGCUGUCGGCCAAUCAGCUCACAGAAGGGCGGAGACGUCAGCCCGUUCUGGGAGGGUCGUGGAUGUGGACCGGAGCUCGUGCCGCUGCUCUGAGCUGGGUGAAAAUACGGUAAACCUGCCGUUAGCGCUAAGCUUCGCGAGCUUUAGCAGGUCAUACGCGACAGAAUAUAGAUUUAAUCGAGUAUCGAGAGGAGCCAAAACUUGACUGACUUUGUAUAAGUUCGAGUGAAUGCAAAAAUAAGGCGAAAGAUUCAUAUUUUUGGACGCAAGCUAACGUUAACUGGCUAAGUGUGAUCCAUCGGCAAGACCCCACCACCCAAAGAUUGAAACGGAGAUUUAAUCAUCAUCUAACGUUAAUCUAUUAAAGAGGAUAACCAGUGUCUCUCUCUCUCACACACACACCCCAAUCCUCUAAAGCAGCGACGCCAAUGAACUGACAGUUUGACUGAGGUAGUCGAUCGAGGCCCCGUUAUGCUCAGCGCGACGCCACCGCCUUGACCGCGCGCUCAGUAUCGGCGUCGCGCGGAUUCAUAUCAGGGCCUAAAACCGUGCAGCUGCAGCGAAACACACCCAAAAGAUACACACCGCCUCAAAGUGGAUUUUAUUUCCAUUCUCUCCGGCACACCCACUCAAAGACCACAUCAUUGGAUGAGUGCAUGUUUACUCUGUGUUUGAGUGUGCGUAUGGUCAGCUGAAAGAGGAGAUAACUCCACAGAGUCAGUGAAGAAAGCGUAAGCAUGGCUCAAGGCACUCCCUUGAGGCCGCGUCCUCCUGAGGUCCUUAUGUAAUGCUGCCUCAUCUGCUAAUAGAUGGCAGCAGAGCCUGAUACACCCACACGUACACAUUUAAGGAAGUCUCUGAAGGGUCCCAAGGGAGAAGUUGAACUCUUGUUUAUUGUUUUCUCUUUGACUCAGUCUUCACAUACUCACCUGUGAAUCCCAGGAUUCCUCUGAGCUCCAGAGUCUUCGUUUCGGAAUCGCUCCAUUGACCUGGAUCAGUUCCCAGUAGUGUUGAGAUGUGUGCUAGUUAAGCGCUGCUCUUUUCACCUGUUUUUUGUCUCUGUGCAAGCUCCAUCAAGAGAGGUGUUUUAGCUGGAGCAUUCCUCUCAUUUCAUGCCUCUUGUCUCAAAAAGCAAGAAUUUUGAUCUAAUCACCCAUGCAGGUGUAAGCCUGUUUACUUGUAAAGAUACUGGCCUGUCCUUCGAAACAAACCUGUGGAUCAGCAAUGCAUCGACUCAGGAGAGAGACACUUGAGAUUCCAUUUCUUAAGGUGCGGAGUAGCGCACUGGUUGGUUGAAAUGAAGGAAAGACAUUUUUAUAUUUUCUGAUAGUGUGGACGGUGGGGGAAACUGUUAACGGUUGAUUCCGUCUGAUUCCUUCUCUGUCAUUGCUCCCCUCAAAAGUGAACUACACCAAAACCAAGAAAAAUCCUCCUUUCCCUCUUUGUGUCUUUUGCCGUGUCAUUUUUUACAUAUCUGUUUUUUUUUUUUUGUAUUUUUUUGUAUUUUUAUUUUUUCUAAAUUCACAGCAGAAGUAAACUCCAGGUCAUUAAUUGACUACAGUGCUGCUUAUCAAAACAUCAAAUUCAAAUAUAUAUAUUUUUUAAUUUGUCAGCAUCCAAAAAAAGAAAGAAAAAACUCAAAUUCAUAUCCGUUGCUUGCCUCUACCUCUUAUUUCAUACAGUAACACCAAAUCUUUUUCAUAAGGAAAAGUUUUUUUUUUUUUGUUGUUUUUUUUAAAGCACCACUAACGAUUAAGGAGUUGACCUGGUUGGACCCAAAUUUUAUUUAUUUUUAUUUCGUUUUACAUUUUUUAAAGCAGUUCCCGUAUUACAGUCCUUUUUUGUGGUACUUUUUAAACUUUUUCCCAAACCUUUUAAAAAACAAUUAGUCAGAAAAUAUUAAUACAUUAAAGGUUUUGAGACAUUUUUGUUAAAUGAUUUAAUAAUUUAUAAGCCAGAGUGUCCAGAUAUCCGAAACUUUAACUCAUUUGGUUAAAAACCCUAAUUUCUUCAGUUUCCCACUUGUUUUUUUUUAAUGCUUUUUUUAAUCCUUUUUAAAUUUGAGAAUUUGUUUUGUACUAUUGAAACCAUGCUCAGCUUGUGGCCUUUUUCUACAAUGCUAAAAGGACAACGACUUCUUCCCUAGCCUUUCCUUGCGUUUGUGCUGUCUCGGCAACACAAACACACUUACAAACAUAUAAUUUUCUGGGGUGCGCUGCCAUCCUGCCCCCUGGGUGAUGCCGAGCGGCAGCAUGAGUGGGGGCCUGUCUGGACCCACUUCCCCACCCCACCCCACUGUUCCAUCCAGACCUCUCCGGCCUAGUCGCUACGUGCCAGUCUCUGCGGCAACGGCCUUCUUGGUUGGAUCAACCACUCUCUUCUUCUGCUUCACGUGCCCUUGGCUUUCAGAGCAGUUUUCCGUUGCUGUGCCGAUAUACAAUGGCAUUAUGUUUCUAUUUGUUCUGGCCAACUUCUGUAUGGCCACCUUUAUGGAUCCUGGCAUCUUCCCUAGAGCUGAGGAAGAUGAGGAUAAAGAGGAUGAUUUCCGGGCUCCUCUUUACAAGACUGUGGAGAUUAGAGGCAUUCAAGUCCGGAUGAAGUGGUGCUCCACCUGCCGUUUCUAUAGACCCCCGCGUUGCUCACACUGCUCUGUGUGCGACAACUGUGUGGAGGAUUUUGAUCAUCACUGUCCGUGGGUCAACAACUGUAUCGGCCGGAGGAACUACCGUUACUUCUUCCUGUUCCUGCUGUCUUUGACGGCUCACAUAAUGGGCGUGUUUGGCUUCGGCCUGCUUUAUAUUCUCUACCACACCCAGCAGCUGGACAGAGUGCAUUCGGCUGUCACUAUGGCUGUCAUGUGUGUCGCUGGGCUUUUCUUCAUCCCAGUAGCAGGUCUCACUGGUUUCCAUGUCGUUCUGGUGGCAAGAGGCAGGACCACCAAUGAGCAGGUAACAGGGAAGUUCAGGGGAGGUGUGAACCCCUUCACAAACGGUUGCUUGAGAAACGUCUCGCACGUUCUGUGUAGCUCACAGGCCCCCAGGUAUCUGGGUAGAAAGAGGAAGGCUCAGACAGUGUCUGUUCAGCCUCCUUUCCUCCGACCGCAGCUUACUGAGGCUCAGCUGGCAGCCAAGGUGCUAGACAACGGAAUCCAAGGAGACCUUCACCGGUCUAAGAGCAGUUUGAUGGAGAGUCAGUCUGCUGACGCCGAGCCUCCGCCUCCGCCUCCACCCAAACCAGAGCUCAGAUACCCUGGGCUGUCACGAGGACCUGCCGGACACUCUGAGGAGAGUAGUCUGUUGAAUAAAGCCCCGCCCACCCCCACCAUGUUCAAGUACAGGCCCACCUACAGCAGUCCGGGAAAGAACCACACUGCCCUUACACAUGCCUAUGCCAACCAGAUGAGUCGUGGGGACAGUCUUAAAGAGUCCUCAUCCUCUCUCCUCCAGUCCAGUCAGCAGCCAGGCUAUCGCUCUGAGCCCAGUCUGGAUGGGCAAGAGGGGGGCGGAGUUGAACGAAGCGGGCCAGAGCGAACAGGUGGGGGUCCUGGAGGACCUCCAGGCUCAGGGAUCACAGGAUACUCCCUAGGAGGGCGUUCAUAUCCCUCCUUCUCUGAUCCCACAGUUCUUGCCGGAGGGGCCUCGCGGUCCUCUAAUGUUCGCUCUUCUCACAAUGCCCUACCAUCUGAGGCUACCACCUCCACCAGCUACAAGAGCUUAGCCAAUCAGACGCCACCACCGGCUCCUCGGAACGGCAGUCUGUCAUACGAUAGUCUGCUCACACCUUCCGAAAGCCCAGAUUUUGAGUCAGCAGUGGCAGAGGUCUCACCAGGGCGACCGCGCACACCUGUAGUUGGAUACAGUUCACCUUUCCUGUCGGCACAGAUCGCCCAGCAACGGGAGGCAGAGCUCCACCAGCCGUGUGCCUCCAGCACCGCCCUCCUUGCCUCCCCGCAACACGCCGGCUAUCUACGUGGCUUCCCCUCCUCCCCACCCGCUCCACCUGAACGAGAGCGAGAACGCCAGCUGCAUGACUCUCAACCACCCCACCAUCACCACCACCACCACCAUCAUCACCAUCACCAUCGGCCGCCCCGCUUCUCUCGACCCCCUCUGCUCUCUGACUCGGGCCCAUCUCAGCCCUCAUAUCCAUACCGCACUCGCUCUACUGACACGCCUCUGCCGAACACCACCCACCCUCCACGCUCACCACACCCCCCUCCGCUGGGGAAGUCUCUGUCUUACUCUAGCGCUGCUGCUGCAGAGAUGCAGUACCGCCUGGUCCGCAAAGCCUCGGCUUCAGUCGGGGGAGGGGGCAUACAGGCGCCAAAGGACGAGAUUCAGAUGAAGUCGUAUAGUCGGAUAAAUGGGCAGCCAAAACCUUCUUCCACCCCCUUGUCCCCCUCUAAUCCUGUCAGCGUGUCCGCUCGCCCAGGUCAGGCGUAUUCCAGUGCUGGCUCUUCUCAGAGCCCCGCCCACAAGCCUGGAGGCGGGGUGAAGAAGGUGACGGGCGUUGGAGGGACCACUUACGAGAUAUCGGUGUGAGAUCUCGAGACCCGUGUUGCCAUGGAAUUAUUUUCUUCACCAACAUAGCAGAGAAAAUUCUGUUUGGUGCCUACAGGAAAGAUCUGAAAACUUCUCUUCAAAACUGAAGCAGACCUCUGCUGUUAUUUUUUUAAAAUGGAUGUAAUGGUGCCCAGCAGGUUUUGGAGGAGGAGGAGGAGCAGUUCAAGCCGUGACAUAGUGAACUUCAGGACUCCUCAGCAGUAAGGAGCUGGAACACAUGAUCUGUGUAACGGCAAAGGACUGGUUUGCCUUGAAAACAUUUCAGUACAUUACAACAACAACAAAAAAAGAUUUUUAUCCAACAUAAAGGUGUAAAUUGUUCUGUAUAGAGAAAAAAAAAUGGUCAUUGUUUUCUUUUUUUCACCGGGACGAAUUGAAUUUUUACAAAAAGGGACCUGUGGUUUUCACUAUCCAUUUCAGACCACUGUGAUUGGCAUGCGACAAUGUUGCGUCUGUAUCCAAUCAGCACCAGGGAAGCAAAAUGCUAGAAAAGAUAAGGAAAUGGACUAAUGCGUUAUUUAAAUGACAGCAGCCUUUCAAGUGCAAGUAGUGUUUUCUGAGCAGUGGCCUUGGAAAUUCAAGGAUGUUUUUAUUUAAUUUUUAAAGUGUUAUUUUAUAUGACUUUAUAAAUGGCUAUUGAUAAGAUCAAAAAGGUUUUUUUUUUUUUCUACAAAGGCUGAUAUUUGUUCUCUAUGGACUUUUAUCUAAUCAGAUAGAGGGAUAAAGAGCUGAUGGCCGCUCUAGCCAGAGAGAUCAGCCGGUAAUCAAAGGGUUAAUCGUAGCAUAAAAAUGCAUCUCAAGCUGGGACAUUUUUCAAUUUUUAUACAGUAAACAUUGAUUGGCUGACUCUUAGAUGUUGUUGUUUUUUUUUAUUAAUAUGUGAGAGCAAAAUCUCACCGGUGGCCUUGACUAGCCAGCCAUGUAGGAUUUAAAGCUUCCUGCUCACAAUGCCACAGAAUGUUGGGUAACCAUAUCGGUGACCUCUGAUUGGACAGCAGUUGAACUAAUCAAUGGAAGUUAGCUGUCAUUAAGAAUCAGUGAAAGCCUUUUAUUUUUAAUUAUUUAAUUCCUACCUAUUGCAUUCGAGAAGAUUGUGACUCAUUUCGGUCAUCGUCUGUCUUGUCAAGGGUAUUGAUCAAUAUUUAGAUCAGAGCUGGCCAAUCAGGGGACAGAAUGUAUUUACUGACUGAUACAAAAGCCAAUGAGUACACUUAUAGGAAUAUUUUAGAUCUAAAGAUGGACCGAGGAGAGGGAAAGAAAGAAAAGAACGUGUACUGUAUAGUUCAGUGUGAGUGAACAUGGUUGUGAAUAUGUGUAUGCGUGCGUGUGUGUUUGAGCAUUGGUAAUAAACUCUUUAUAAAUCA